UAUAAGCCAAACGACCCCUUUGGCCAUUUCUCGGUUCGACGAAGGGUUCAUGUGAAACCCUAGCGCCGCCAAGAGAUGGUCGUCUCUCUCCUGCAUCAUCUACGCCAUUUUUGGCAAAGUAGCAGUGUACGACACCUUUUUCAGCUUCUGCAUAUCCGGAUCGAGCAAGAUAUUUAAUGCUCCGUCCCCUUUCACCAAAACUACAAUCAAACACAGUAUAAUCAUCCUCUCUCUUCUACUUUUUCUGUAAAUCAAUGGUCCUUGACUAUUUUUUAUUUAAUGGGUUUUGUUGUAUUGCGAUUUUGAACCUACAUAUGCUAUUGGUUCAUGAAGAAACAUAUGGAUUGACCUCGUUUGGGUCAAAUCCAACCCUUCAUACGUUUGUGGGAUUGAAUCUUAGCCGUUGAGCGUGGUCUUGAAAGAGCAAAUCACAGAUUUGCCAAAGUCCCACAUCGGUUGAAGUAAGGGUUUGUCUCAAAAUAGGGGUUCUUUAUAUAAAGAACCCCCAAUUCACAUUGUUAAAAGACCUUGGGGGACAGAGAAUAUUACUUGAAUAUUCACAAAAACUUGAAAUACCUAAGGUUUUAGUGACUUUUGCUUGAAACCUUUAAUUUUUCGAGUUAGUUUAAGUUUUAAAAGGUUUGUUUUGUUUUUUGGGUGUGUGGAUGGGUUGAUGGAGUGGAGGAGUGAAGAUUCCAAGUUCAUUCUCGAUCAAGGCUACGCAAACAAGAGGCGGAAAAGCAAGAAAAACCCGGUGACCACCCCCACCAUUGUUGUUGCUGCUCGUUUCCUCUUCAAAAUCACAGUUCUUCCUCGUCGCUGCUGCUGCUUCUCUAUUCAUUCUCAGAUAAAAUGGCUCCAGUUAAAAGAAAAGGAGAGAAACCAACUGAGGGAGAAAGUAAAAGAGCCAAAGUGCAAACACAAUUAGAUGAACUUGUGACUGCUAUUUGUCAAUCAACAAAUCUAAAGGAAAGAGUUAGUGAAACUGGGGCUUCAGAAAGAGAGGAAACCUACAAAACCUCUGUUGGGCAUGAAGAAGAAAAUGAUAAAAAUGAACAAAGUGAAGAACAACAAGAAGAUAAAGAAGAUGAAAGAGAUGAUGAAGUAGACAAAGAUGAAGAAACUACAGAAUAAAGUGAAAAAGAUUAUUUGUGAUAGAAAGGAUGAGGUUUGGAUCAAUUACUGUGGCAUGCAGGUUUGUUUUGGCAUGAAGGAGUUUGCCAUAGUUACCGGAUUGAUAUGUCAUCCUUGUGAGCCUCUUUCUACUGUUGUAUUAAUCAAGCCAGCCCGGACUCCCAAGUCAGCCAAGAAAGCAAAGGGUUCCAAAGUUAAGAAUGAUGUCUCUUUGAUAGACUUAGUGCGAAAGAGCUACAAUUAGAAGAAAUUGUUGGAAGAUUUGGAGUCUAAAACUUUCUCAAAAAAGCACAAGGAGGCACUGUGCUUAGUUUGGUUUGUGCACAGUGUUCUUUGGGCAAGAGACGUAAAUACCAAUGUACUGCUUGGAUUGAUUAAACUUGUUGAGGACUAUGAUGCCUUCAACAACUAUUCCUGGGGUUUUAAAAGCUUUAGCUUGACUGUUGAAUAUUUGAUUAAGGAAUUGAAGCCAACGGGGAAGAUACUUAACCUAUAUGGCUUCCCUUGGGCUUUCAUGGCUUGGGCAUUUGAUGACAUUCCUCACCUCAGGCAUCAAGUCAAGGAAUACUCCAAAGAAGUUACCUAUUCAAGAAUUCUUAGAUGGCUCACUGCUAGGAACAACACAAAAUUGAGUGUUGACCUUUUUAACCCCCCUAACGAAGCUGUUGUGAACCCAUGGCUUGUCCCGACAAUAAGAGAGUUGGAGACGCCAUGCCUUGUCACCUUUUUGCCCAUAGAAUCUAUGCCUGACAGAUUGAUUGAUAGGCUUAAAGGGGAAUUGGCUAGAGUGACAGCCCUCGCUAGGGUUGAUGAUGUUGUUGCUGAUGGUGGUGGUCUUGUUGCUGGUUGUGAUGUUGUUGUUGAUACUGGUGGUGAUGUUGUUGUUGAUGCUAUUAGUGGUGCUGAUAUUGUUGGUGGUGUUGUUCAACCUGUUGAUGUUGUUGUUGUUGGUGGUGGUGGUGGUGUUGGUAAUGAUAUCCCAGCAAGUAUUGUUGGGGAAAAAUUAAGAGAUGAUCGUAAUGAUGUCCCGGCAAGUAUUGCUGGGGAAAAUUAAGAGAUGAUGAUAUUGAUAUUGGUGGAUUUACUCCAGUUGCUGGAUUGAGUGGUUUUUUCGGAUUUGGUGGUAAUUUUAGUGGUGGUGGAUUGAGUGGUAGAAGAUUUGCUGAUGUUGGUGCUGGUACCUCUAAGGUGCCUCAUGUGCUUGUGAGUGCACCACUUGCAAGGAUAAAAUGGAUAAUUUGAUUAGAAAGGUGGAAGAAUUUGUGCAGGCCUAAGAAGCCACAAACACUUCUAUGCAGAGGUUGAUAUCCAAGAGGGGUAUCAAUCCAUCAAAGAACCUUUCCUCACCUUAUACUCCUGUUCAUUUUAGAGGAGGAGCAAAGCAAUUGCCAAGGCACUUGCAUCAGUUAGAUCAAGGAAACCUGUUGCUACUCCCAGUAAGUCAAUCGAGACUCCUCUUCUUGAUGUUGGGCCAAAAGUGCUAAAGAAUGUGGACAUUUUCAAGCCUGUACAAGCCCAAAGAAAGAAAAAAGUUGAGACUGCAAUCAAAGCCAAAAAGAGUGGGAAAACUAUGUACUCAAUGCAUAAAUUUUGAGCCCUAGACUUUAAGGCUUUGACAAGCAUGGAAAUUUGGUGGGAGGAUUGGUAUGUAGAUGAAGUCCUGCUUCUAAUGCGUAUGAGGCAAAUCAAUUUUCCUGAGAAAUAUGAUUCCAUUGACAUAAUCCUGGACCUCAACUUUUACAACAACAUUCUCAAGAGGUACACAGAGUUGACAAAUGAGACUACAGAUCCGAGUGUCGUGCCUAUGGAGGUUAGACUUGCUGAAUUCAAGUGGGAUGAUGAAGUGGUAGAUUAUUGUAGAGGUGUUAGACCCUACCCGGGUGGCUGCUCGUGGGCUGGUGCAAAGAGGGUUUUUACAGUGAUGAAUAUUGAGGUCACACAUUUUGUCACUCUCGAGUUCAAUAUUGAAGAGGGAGUGGUAAAUGUGUAUGACUGCAACGUUCCUGUCUACUCAGAUGAUGCUUUCUUUUGUUUCAUGCAGCCGGUAAUGGAAUUGUGGCUCAAGUUACUGAAACAGAGUGGCAUGUUCGCACACUUGCCUGCAAAGUUACUCAAUGAACUGUGGGAAUUUAAUAGGCUAAAGAAUCUCCCCCGCAAUGUCACUAGUAGGGUAUGUCAUUCAUGGUCAAUUGCUUUUAUGGAGGCUUUGCUUACCAGCACAACUGUGACAAAACCCGAAAGUCUAAUCAGCAACAACUCUGUGUGGAGGAUGCAAUGGAGAUAGGCAUUAGGUGUCAUUGAAAAGGUGUUGGAGCCCUAAGAUGGGCUGAUAAACAAUUUAUUAAUUUUGCAUUUUUUGGAGCCCAAAUGUGGCCUGUUGAACAAUUUAAGUAUAUAUUAGGUGUUUUUUGAUGACAUUAUGUAAUUUAAGUAUAUAUUAGGUGUUCAGUACCUUUCUAAGACAUUUUGUUAAGUAUAUAUUAGGUGUUCAGUAUUUAA